CUUCACGGGCGUCCACGUUGGGGAACAUGCGCGCAGCUGAUCUUUCUUUAUUUGCCAGGAAAAGAUGGCAGCGUCCGUGUGCCGAGUCGGGAGCACCGUGGGUCGAGCCCUCGCCAAAGCCCGUAGCGUAAGUAUUUAGGAACAUCUUGGCAUUUGAGGGGUCUGUAAGGAAAAUAACGUUGUUUGUUGGGAUCUGCAUUUCAUUCACUACAGUGAAAAAAGUAGGCCCCUGUGUAGGCUGUAGCAGAAGUAUGUCUCUGGCUGAAGCUCGUUAGCUAGCUAUCCUGCCAAAGUGAUAGCUAGCCGGUUAGCAUUAUCUUGGAGUUAGCGCAAGGUCAACUGUCAGGAAAGGGGCAAUAAUUCACUGUAGAUUACGUCAUAUGAGUGGAAACCUUGACAUCCAUGUUAGUUAACCUAUACCUGCGUUACUUUAUUCGCUUUUAAGAACUAACACAAUGUCAUUUUCACCAUCUUCAGCGUUGUCCUUAGCUAUUUGCCAAACCAGUUAGCUAGCACGUUAACUACCUCUCGUCCAGCUAAAUGCUGACAGUAGUCGACCAGUUGCGUUGCUGACUGGUAAUCAAAUUCCACUGGCCAUAUGUUAAAUUGAACUCGCAAGAUGGUCAUUAUGUGAUCUUAGCUAACUAGGAAGUUUGUUUCUUUUGACUUCAAACUGUAGAGUGCUGCUAGGCUCGCUAACUGGUUAAGUGUUUUCUUGAAGGACCCUCACUCAAGAUUAAAAUAGCCCCUCCUUAACGUUACCUCCAAUUUAGCUAGCUAAGGUCGACAGGCUGUACGUGUAAAUUGGUGACUCACUGUUAUUGUGGGAUCAAGUCAGCAGAUCACCCCACAAGCACUUUCUCUUGUCCUUUUAACCUUUUUAUUGGCCAUGAUGACAUUGAGGUGAUAGGGAGUUGGUAAAAAAUGCAUCAUUUUGCUGUCUCUUCAUCCCAUUACUACUGAUGAUUUCAGCAAUUUCAUACAUGUUAUUCGUACACCAGCUGUAGUCUUUAUCAACACAACCAAAUCAACGUACUAUUUGCUGAAAAAUCUUGUCACAGCCACACGGUGUUGUAGGCUAACUAUCCUCUCCCUCUAGCCCAUCCUGCUGUCUCUACGGCGUGGCCAGGCGACUGUGACCUAUGCCCAGAGCCUUCUAGGAGCUCCGGAGACCCGCCUCAGUGCCCUGGACAAUGGCCUGAGGAUCGCAUCUGAGGAGACUGGACACGGCACAUGCACUGUAAGGACCUCCGCUGUGUCAUUGAUCAUACAAUCUAAGUACUGUUCUUGAUGGUUUUGGGAAACAUUGCAUAAUAGUCACAUUUCAGAUUAACCUGACUGUCUAUUUGUUGGCGUGGCAUGGUAUAAGUUCCACCUCUACUCUCUCUCAGGUUGGGCUGUGGAUCAGCUGUGGAAGUCGCUAUGAGACUGAGAAGAACAAUGGAGCUGGGUUCUUCCUGGAGCAUAUGGCUUUCAAGGUACACAACCGCUGUGACAUCUGUGCAAUCUACCUUGAGUCUCAUAAGGGAUUUCAUACUCAACUACUGCACCAGACUGGCCCAAAACGGUUUCUUACACUUUUCUGUUCUCCCCCCUUUUCCCUUUGUUUAUUUUCCCCAGGGGACAAAGAAGCACCCCCAGAUGGCCCUGGAGCAGCAGGUGGAGUCCAUGGGCGCUCACCUUAGUGCAUACACUUCCCGGGAGCACACUGCCUACUACAUGAAGACCCUGGCCAAAGACCUGCCCAAAGGUGAGCCAACCAGAUACCCUACACUAAAAAAUCAAAUCAAAUCAAAUUUUAUUGGUCACAUGCGCCGAAUACAACAGGUGCAGACAUUACAGUGAAAUGCUUACUUACAGCCCUUAACCAACAGUGCAUUUAUUUUAAACAGAAAAAGUAAGAAUAAAACAACAAAAAAGUGUUGAGAAAAAAAGAGCAGAAGUAAAAAUAAAGUGACAGUAGGGAGGCUAUAUAUACAAUAGAAUAAAGUGACAGUAGGGAGGCUAUAUAUACAGGGGGGUACCGUUGCAUAGUCAAUGUGCGGGGGCACCGGCUAGUUGAGGUAGUUGAGGUAAUAUGUACAUGUGGGUAGAGUUAAAGUGACUAUGCAUAAAUACUUAACAGAGUAGCAGCAGCGUAAAAAGUAUGGGGUGGGGGGGCAGUGCAAAUAGUCCGGGUAGCCAUGAUUAGCUGUUCAGGAGUCUUAUGGCUUGGGGGUAGAAGCUGUUGAGAAGUCUUUUGGACCUAGACUUGGCACUCCGGUACCGCUUGCCGUGCGGUAGCAGAGAGAACAGUCUAUGACUAGGGUGACUGGAGUCUUUGACAAUUUUGAGGGCCUUCCUCUGACACCGCCUGGUAUAGAGGUCCUGGAUGGCAGGGAGCUUUGCCCCUGUGAUGUACUGGGCCGUACGCACUACCCUCUGUAGUGCCUUGCGGUCAGAGGCCAAGCAGUUGCCAUACCAGGCGGUGAUGCAACCAGUCAGGAUGCUCUCGAUGGUGCAGCUGUAGAAUUUUUUGAGGAUCUGAGGACCCAUGCCAAAUCUUUUUAGUCUCCUGAGGGGGAAUAGGCUUUGUCGUGCCCUCUUCACGACUGUCUUGGUGUGUUUGGACCAUGAUAGUUCGUUGGUGAUGUGGACACCAAGGAACUUGAAGCUCUCAACCUGUUCCACUACAGCCCCGUCGAUGAGAAUGGGGGCGUGCUCAGUCCUCUUUUUUUUCCUGUAGUCCACAAUCAUCUCCUUUGUCUUGGUCACGUUGAGGGAGAGGUUGUUGUCCUGGCACCACACGGCCAGAUCUCUGACCUCCUCCCUAUAGGCUGUCUCAUCGUUGUCGGUGAUCAGGCCUACCACUGUUGUGUCGUCGGCAAACUUAAUGAUGGUGUUGGAGUCGUGCCUGGCCAUGCAGUCAUGGGUGAACAGAGAGUACAGGAGGGGACUGAGCACGCACCCCUGAGGGGCCCCCGUGUUGAGGAUCAGUGUGGCAGAUGUGUUGUUACCUACCCUUACCACCUGGGGACGGCCCGUCAGGAAGUCCAGGAUCCAGUUGCAGAGGGAGGUGUUUAGUCCCAGGAUCCUUAGCUUAGUGAUGAGCUUUGAGGGCACUAUGGUGUUGAAUGCUGAGCUGUAGUCAAUGAAUAGCAUUCUCACGUAGGUGUUCCUCUUGUCCAGUUGGGAAAGGGCAGUGUGGAGUGCGAUAGAGAUUGCAUCAUCUGUGGAUCUGUUGGGGCGGUAUGCAAAUUGGAGUGGGUCUAGGGUUUCUGGGAUUAUGCUGUUGAUGUGAGCCAUGACCAGUCUUUCAAAGCACUUCAUGGCUACAGACGUCAGUGCCACGGGUCGGUAGUCAUUUAGGCAGGUUAUCUUAGAGUUCUUGGGCACGGGGACUAUGGUGGUCUGCUUGAAACAUGUUGGUAUUACAGACUCAGUCAGGGACAUGUUGAAAAUGUCAGUGAAGACACUUGCCAGUUGGUCAGCACAUGCUCGGAGUACACGUCCUGGUAAUCCGUCUGGCCCUGCGGCCUUGUGAAUGUUGACCUGCUUAAAAGUCUUACUCACAUCGGCUACGGAGAGCGUGAUCACAUAGUCGUCCGGAACAGCUGGUGCUCUCAUGCAUGCUUCAGUGUUGCUUGCCUCGAAGCGAGCAUAGAAGUGGUUUAGCUCGUCUGGUAGGCUUGUGUCACUGGGCAGCUCGCGGCUGUGCUUCCCUUUGUAGUCUGUAAUAGUUUUCAAGCCCUUCCACAUCCGACGAGCGUCAGAGCCAGUGUAGUAUGAUUCAAUCUUAGACCUGUAUUGACUCUUUGCCUGUUUGAUGGUUCGUCGGAGGUCAUAGCGGGAUUUCUUAUAAGCGUCCGGGUUAGAGUCCCGUUCCUUGAAAGCGGCAGCUCUACCCUUUAGCUCAGUGCGGAUGUUUCCUGUAAUCCAUGGCUUCUGGUUGGGGUAUGUACGUACGGUCACUGUGGGGACGACAUCAUCGAUGCACUUAUUGAUGAAGCCAGUGACUGAUGUGGUGUACUCCUCAAUGCUGUCUGAAGAAUCCCGGAACAUGUUCCAGUCUGUGCUAGCAAAACAGUCCUGUAGCUUAGCAUCUGCGUCAUCUGACCACUUUUUUAUUAGCCGAAUCACUGGUGCUUCCUGCUUCAGUUUUUGCUUAUAAGCAGGAAUCAGGAGGAUAGAGUUAUGGUCAGAUUUGCCAAAUGGAGGGCGAGGGAGAGCUUUGUAUGCGUCUCUGUGUGUGGAGUAAAGGUGGUCUAGAGUUUUUUCCCCUCUGGUUGCACAUUUAACAUGCUGGUAGAAAUUAGGUAGAACGGAUUUAAGUUUCCCUGCAUUAAAGUCCCCUGCUACUAGGAGCGCUGCAUCUGGAUGAGCGUUUUCCUGUUGAUUAAUGGCCUUGUACAACUCAUUCAGUGCAAUCUUAAUGCCAGCAUUGGUUUGUGGUGGUAAAUAGACAGCUAUGAAAAAUAUAGAUGAAAACUCUCUUGGUAAAUAGUGUGGUCUGCAGCUUAUCAUAAGAUACUCUACCUCAGGCGAGCAAAACCUUGAGACUUCCUUAGUAUUUGAUUUGGUGCACCAGCUGUUGUUUACAAAUAUACAGAGACCGCCACCCCUCGUCUUACCCGAGUCUGCCGUUCUGUCCUGCCGAUGUAGCGUAUAGCCUGCUAGCUGAAUGUUAUCAUUGUCGUCGUUCAGCCACGACUCCGUGAAACAUAAGAUAUUACAGUUUUUAAUGUCCCGUUGGUAGGAUAACCGUAAUCUUAAAUCGUCCAUUUUAUUCUCCAAAGCUUGAACGUUGGCUAAUAGGAUUGAUGGGAGAGGCAGUUUACUCGUUCGCCGUCGGAUCCUUACAAGGCACCCCGACCUACGUCCACGAUAUCUCCGUCUUUCCUAAAGAAUGACGGGGAUCUGGCCUUGCAGUCGUAGAAUAUCUUGCGAACCCUCGUGAAGAAAAAGUUUCGUACGAGGUGAGUAUCGCGUCCGAUAUCGAAGCUCUCUUUUAUAAGAGACGUGCAGAAACAUAAAACAAAUUACAAUAACGCGGAAGAAACACCAUAAUAGUACAAUGGGAGGCUGUAAAAGCAGCCAUCUUUUCGGCGAUGUAUGAGAUACACUACAGACAUACCUACUACCCUGCAUAGCAGACACUUCAAUGAGACAGGAAUAAGGAAUGGAGACCGUUUUAUAAGAUGUGAGAAUUCAAUUGUGUGUAUGUGGGGUGGGGUUCUUAUAAGCCCCUCUAGUCAUAGAGAUUGAGUGUGUUUGUUUAUAUAGUUGUAAAGCUACUGUUGCCUUUUGGUAAAUUAUACUGAACAAAAAUAAACGCAACAUACAACAAUUUCAAAGAUUUGACUGAGUUAGUUCAUAUAAGGAAAUCAGUUAAUUGAAAUAAAUUCAUUAGGCCCUAAUAUAUGGAUUACACAUGACUGGGCAAGGGUGCAGCCAUGGGUGGGCCUGGGAGGGCAUAGGCCCACCCACUUAGCAGCCAGGCCCAUCCACUGGGGAGCCAGGCCCAGCCAAUUAGAAUGAUUUUUCUCCACAAAAGGGCAUUAUUACAGACAGAAAUACUCCCCACCCCACCUCAGACAAUCCCGCAUGUGAAGAAGCUGGAUGUGGAGGUCCUGGUCUGACGUGGUUACACAUGGUCUGCGGUUGUGAGGCCGGUUGGCCGUACUUCCAAAUUCUCUAAAACUACGUUGGAGGCAGCUUAUGGUAGAGAAAUUAAUUUAUCUGGCAACAGCUCUAGUGGACAUUCCUGCAGUCAGCAUGCAAAUUUCACGCUCCAACAAAACUUGAGACGUUUGUGGCAUUGUGUUGUGUGACAAAACUGCACAUUUUAAAGUGGCCUUUUAUUGUCGCCAGCACAAGGUGCACCUGAGUAAUGAUCAUACUGUUUAAUCGGCUUGAUAUGUCACACCUGUCAGGUGGAUGGAUUAUAUUGGCAAAAGGGAAAUGCUCACUAAUAGGGAUGUAAACAAAUUUGUGCAAAAUAUGAGAGAAAUAAGCUUUUUGUGCAUAUGGAAAAUUUCUGGGACUUAUUUCAGCUGAUGAAACAUGGGACCAACACUUUAUAUGUUGUGUUUAUUUUGGUUCAGGAUAGUUUACCGUGCAUGUCCUCUAGUAGUUCUUUUCGUGGCUAUGUAUGUGUGUACUGAAGUAGUCCUCUCUCCCCAGCGGUGGCGCUGUUAUCCGAGGUGCUGCAGAGCAAUGCCCUGAGCGAGGCUGACAUUGAGCAGCAGAGGAGUGUGGUGCUGAGAGAGCUGGAGGAGGUGGAGGGCAGUCUGCAGGACGUGUGUCUGGACCUGCUGCACGCUACAGCUUUCCAGGGCACCCCCCUUGGACACAGUGUUCUGGGGCCAUCCCAAAAUGCCAGGUACACACACACACAGAGCCUACCAGGGAAUCUUAUUGGGUCAGAGCAUGCUAGGGCCAAGCCAGAACACUAGGGAAACUCCCACAUACACUUUACAGCAUCCUGUUACAUUUCACAGCACUCCCAGUUAGUUUAGUAGUAUCGAUCUGUCUCUUCCCUUCAGGACUUUGAGUCGACAGGAUCUGGUAGAUUUCAUCAGCAGCCACUACAAGGCCCCCCGCAUGGUGCUGGCAGCUGCUGGAGGUAUGUCUCCCAUACAUUAACACUGCCAUCUUAAGGCUGUUUAGAGAGGUAUUAAAUGCCAAUACAAACCGGCCCUGAUUGAUUGUUUUGUGUGUGUAAUGUCGUCCUUGUUUGUAAUGGCUCACUGCCUGCCUCCUGUAUAGGUGUGACUCACGAGGAGCUGGUUGGGUUGGCCAAGCAGCACUUCAGUGGCGUUUCCUUUGAGUACGAGGAUGAUGCUGUUCCUGUUCUGUCCCCCUGCCGCUUCUCUGGCAGCGAGGUGAGCGCUCCUGUGUGUGUCCGAAUUGACAGAUGUCUGAACAGGGAGCAAGUAUCCCAUCAGAGCUUUUUUUUUUACCCCCUUUUUCUCCCCAAUUUCGUGAUUACGAUCUUGUCUCAUCGCUGCAACUCCCCAAUGGGCUCGGGAGAGGCGAAGGUUGAGUCAUGCGUCCUCCGAAACAUGACCUGCCAAACCGUGCUUCUUAACACCCACUCGCUUAACCCGGAAGCCAGCUGCACCAAUGUGUCUGAGGAAACACUGUUCAGCUGACGACCGAAGUCAGCCUGCAGGCGCCCGGCCUGCCACAAGGAGUCGCUAGAGCGCGAUGAGCAAAGUAAAGCCUCCCCUAACCCGGACGACGCUGGGCCAAUUGUGCGCUGCCCUAUGGGACUCCCGGUCACAGCCGGUAAUGAUGCAGUGCCUUCGACCGCUACGCUACUCGGGAGGCCCAGAGCUUUUCUUCUUUGUUCUAUUUGGAAUGUUCAUAUUGUUAACCCUGCGUUGUCUCCCUCUUUGUAGAUCCGCAUGCGCGAUGACGAUAUGCCCCUGGCACACAUUGCCAUCGCUGUGGAGGGUGCCAGUGCUGCCAGCCCAGACAUAGUGCCCCUCAUGGUGGCCAACUCUAUCAUUGGCAGUUAUGACAUCACUUUCGGUGGUGGAAAGCACCUGAGCAGCCGCCUGGCUCGUCUAGCCUCAGAGGAGAGUCUGUGCCACAGCUUCCAGGCCUUCCACUCCUCCUACAGCGACACUGGUCUGCUGGGCAUCUAUUUUGUCACCGACAAACACCACAUCGAUGACAUGAUGCACUGGUCACAGAACGCAUGGUUAGUUGUGAUUUUACAUACACUCAAACGCUAUACAUGGAUACACUCCUGGUCCAACACUUGUCCUCAGCCUGUGUACUUUUACAUAUUUAAUUUGAUGGUAUUGACCCUCCUUUUUCUUUCGCUCUCCCUGAAGGAUGAACAUGUGCACCACAGUGACUGAGAGUGACAUUGCCAGAGCCAAGAAUGUCCUCAAGGCCAGCCUGGUGGGACAGCUCAACGGUAAGAUCUCUACCUACUCAUGUAGCCUAUCAGAAACUUAAAUGGAAAUGUCAAAAAAUGUCUACUUCAUAUUCAUCAUCUCCAGCACCACCCCAACAUCAACAUGUGAAAAUGGCACUUUUCUAUGUUUUGUAGUAAAAGAGGAAGAUAAGUGUUUCCAAUGACAUCGGUAUGCAUGAUGUGAUUUUAACCAAUUAUGAGUAGGUGUGGCGCCUUAGGGGAUGGCUUCAAUUUUAUGGGCUCUUAACCAACUCUGCUAUUUUGUUAGUUUUUUUUGCAUUGUUUGUAACUUAUUUUGUAUAUAAUGUUGCUGCUACCGUCUCUUAUGACCGAAAAAUAGCUUCUGGACAUCAGAACAGUGAUUACUCACCUUGAACUGGACAAAUAAUUUUUCUUUAAUGAGUCGGACGAGAGGAAUUUGCUGCAGACACCCGACAGUGCCCUCAUCCCCGUCAUUCACAGUAGAAAGAGACAGAGAUAUCGCGGAAGGAGAUCGGGGUGCCUGGUAAGGAGCCGGCGACGAGUGGUUAAUCUGCCUUUGCCAUCGAUACCAUUGGCCAACAUACAAUCGCUUGAUAAUAAAGUGGACAAACUACAAGCAUGUAUAUUCUACCAACGGGACAUUAAAAACGGUAAUAUCUUAUGUUUCAACAAGUCGUGGCUGAACGACGACAUGAAUAACAUACAGCUGGCGGGUUAUACACUGUAUCGGCAGGAUAGAACAGCAGCCUCUGGUAAGACAAGGGGUGGCGGUCUAUGUAUAUUUGUAAACAACAGCUGGUGCACGAUAACUAAGGAAGUCUCAAGGUUUUGCUCGCCUGAGGUAGAGUUUCUCAUGAUAAGCUGUAGACCACACCAUCUACCAACAGAGUUGAUCUAUAUUCUUCGUAGCUGUCUAUUUACCACCACAAACCGAUGCUGGCACUAAGACCGCACUCAAUGAACUGUAUACGGCCAUAAGUAAACAGGAAAACGCUCAUCCAGAGGCGGCGCUCCUAGUAGCCGGGGACUUUAAUGCAGGGAAACUUACAUCCGUUCUACCUCAUUUCUACCAGCAUGUUAAAUGUGCAACCAGAGGGGCAAAAAAACAACUAAAGACCACCUUUACUCCAUACACAGAGACGCGUACAAAGCUCUCCCUCGCCCUCCAUUUGGCAAAUCUGACCAUAAUUCUAUCCUCCUGAUUCCCGCUUACAAGCAAAAACUAAAGCAGGAAGCACCAGUGACUCUGUCAAUAAAAAAAGUGGUCAGGUGAAGCAUAUGCUAAGCUACUGUUUUGCUAGCACAGACUGGAAUAUGUUCCGGGAUUCUUCCGGUUGCAUUGAGGAGUACACCACAUCAGUUACUGGCUUCAUCAAUAAGUGCAUCGAUGACGUCAUCCCCACAGUGACUGUACGUACAUACCCCAACCAGAAGCCAUGGAUUACAGGCAACAUCCGCACUGAGCUAAAGGGUAGAGCUGCCGCUUUCAAGGAGUUUAUAAGAAAUCCCGCUAUGCCCUCCGACGAACCAUCAAACAGGCAAAGCGUCAAUACAGGACUAAGAUCGAAUCGUAUUACACCAGCUCCGACGCUCGUCUGAUGUGGCAGGGCUUGCAAACUAUUACAGACUACAAAGGGAAGCACAGCUGCAAGCUGCCCAGUGACACAAGCCUACCAGACGAGCUAAAUUACUUCUAUGCUUGCUUCGAGGCAAGUAACACUGAAACAUGCAUGAGAGCAUCAGCUGUUCCGGAAGACUGUGUGAUCACGCUCUCCGUAGCCGAUGUGAGUAAGACCUUUUAAACAGGUCAACGUUCACAAGGCCGCAGUGCCAGACGGAUUACCAGGACGUGUACUCCGAGCAUGCGCUGACCAACUGGCAAGUGUCUUCACUGACAUUUUCAACCUCUCCCUGUCUGUAAUACCAACAAGUUUCAAGCAGACCACCAUAGUCCCUGUGCCCAAGAACACUAAGGUAACCUGCCUAAAUGACUUACCGACCCAUAGCACUCACGUCUGUAGCCAUGAAGUGCUUUGAACGGCUGGUCAUGGCUCACAUCAAUACCAUUAUCCCAGAAACCCUAGACCCACUCCAAUUUGCAUACCGCCCCAACAGAUCCACAGAUGAUGCAAUCUCUAUUGCUCUCCACACUGUACCUUUCCCACCUGGACAAAAGGAACACCUAUGUGAGAAUGCUAUUCAUUAACUACAGCUCAGCGUUCAACACCAUAGUGCCCUCAAAGCUCAUCACUAAGCUAAGGGCCCUGGGACUAAACACCUCUCUCUGCAACUGGAUCCUGGACUUCCUGACGGGCCGCCCCCAGGUGGUAAGGGUAGGUAACAACACAUCUGCCACGCUGAUCCUCAACUCUGGGGUGCGUGCUCAGUCCCCUCCUGUACUCCCUGUUCACUCAUGACUGCAUGGCCAGGCAUCACCAACAAACUGUCAUGGUCCAAACACACCAAGACAGUCGUGAAGAGGGCACGACAAAGCCUAUUCCCCUUCAGGAAACUGAAAAGAUUUAGCAUAGGUCCUCAGAUCCUCAAAGAAUUAUACAGCUGCAUCCUGACUGGUUGCAUCACCGCCUGGUAUGGCAACUGCUCUGCCUCCGACCGCAAGGCACUACAGAGGGUAGUGCGUACAGCUCAGUACAUCACUGGGGCCAAGCUUCCUGCCAUCCAGGACCUCUAUACCAGGCGGUGUCAGAGGAAGGCCCUAAAAAUUAUCAAAGACUCCAGCCACCCUAGUCAUAGACUUUUCUCUCUGCUACCGCAUGGCAAGCGGUACCGGAGUGCCAAGUCUAGGUCCAAAAGGCUUCUUAACAGCUUCUAAACCCCAAGCCAUAAGACUCCUGAACAGCUAAUCAUGGCUACCCGGACUAUUUGCAUUUCAAUCUCUUUGUGUGCUAAUACUGUAUUAUACAUUUUUUACAUUUACAUUUUCGUCAUUUAGCAGAUGCUCUUAUCCAGAGCGACUUACAAAUUGGUGCAUUCACCUUAUGAGGAACAACCACUUUACAAUAUAUAUAUUUUUAUAUUUUUAUUUUUGGGGUUGGGGUAAGGGGGGGUAGAAGGAUUACUUUAUCCUAUCCCAGGUAUUCCUUAAAGAGGUGGGGUUUCAAAUGUCUCCGGAAGGUGGUGAGUGACUCCGCUGUCCUGGCGUCGUGAGGGAGCUUGUUCCACCAUUGGGGUGCCAGGGCAGCGAACAGUUUUGACUGGGCUGAGCGGGAACUAUGCUUCCGCAGAGGUAGGGGAGCCAGCAGGCCAGAGGUGGAUGAACGCAGUGCCCUCGUUUGGGUGUAGGGACUGAUCAGUGCCUGGAGGUACGGAGGUGCCGUUCCCCUCACAGCUCCGUAGGCAAGCACCAUGGUCUUGUAGCAGAUGCGAGCUUCAACUGGAAGCCAGUGGAGUGUGCGGAGGAGCGGGGUGACGUGAGAGAACUUGGGAAGGUUGAACACCAGACGGGCUGCGGCAUUCUGGAUGAGUUAAAGGGCUUGUAAGUAAGUGUUUCACUAAGGUCUGCACCUGUUGUAUUCGGCGCGUGUGACAAAUACAAUUUGGUUUGUUGCCUACUAAUUGUCUUCUAAUUGGUUGAUGUCAUGGGAAACACUCAUCUUCCUCUUUUACUACAAAACAAAGAAACGUGCCUUUUUCACAUAUGUUGAUGGUGCUGGAGAUGAUGAAAAAAUUUUACUACUCCCUGGUCACCACUAACACUGCCUUACUGCUCUCCUGUAGGAACGACACCGAUAUGUGAUGACAUCGGCAGGCAUGUCCUGAACUAUGGCCGCCGUAUCCCUCUGGCUGAGUGGGACGCCCGCAUCGACGUGAGUACAACCCCCUUCCCUGCGCCAUACAUACAGCUGUUACACCCUCCUACCACCUAGAGGGUGCUAUUUCUCUCUUUCUUUCCCUCUGAAUUCUUCCCCCAACCGCCACUGCAUUCACCCACGUUCUUCCUACCACCUUUGUCCCCCCCCCGCAGGCUGUGACUCCCAGGAUGGUGCGUGACGUCUGCUCCAAAUACAUCUAUGACAAGUGUCCCGCUGUGUCUGCUGUUGGUAAGUUACCACUAGGGAUUUUGACGGUUAAUCGGUUAGCUGCCGUGUUUUUUCGUAGUCGUCAUGUAUCUUAUCACAUGCGCUCAGCAUACAGAGCCUAGUUUGAGAAUAGGAAUAGCCUAUCACAUGUCAGACAGCGCAAGAGCAGCUCCUGAAAAAGCUGGUACUGGUGUGAAACGUGCUUUUGUAAGCCCAGUCGUUGCGCAACAAAUAACAAUUCUAAGUGCAAUUGCGUGUAUAACAGUUGAUGGCCAUGAUUUAAAGAGCUACUUCUUUAUUUUUCAACACAUAAUUAAAGCGCACCUCCCAUUAGCGUGCAUAGACACUAGUCAACGGUAGGCUAUCAGCGAGUCACCCACCACUUUGCAAUGUGACCUUGCAGUAUAAUUGUUUGAAACCUGAACGUUUUACUUUACUUCAAAACCUUGCUUCAAAGUAGCCUUGCCAAAAUCCAACCAUAGAAACGUGGAGGCAAUUAUUUUAUAAAGACUUUCUCUUGACAUUAACCAGCAUUUCUCUCCUGUUCUAUUGGUUUUCAUAUCAACUUUGCAUGUUAAAUAAUAGCCUUUUGACUGUAAGACGAUAGGCUUGCUAUUGUUGCAUGUUUCCAUUAAGCGCUUAAUGAAAAAUGGCACUUCCUUUUAUGCAUGCAUAAUAGUUUUUUGGUCACAUUUAUCAGUUUGUUGACCGGUUAAUGAGGGUCGGUAAUUCGGCAGCAAAAUUGACCGAAAUUUGCAUCCCUAGUUACCACACAUCAUCAUUAUUCCUUCCAAGCAGCCUUUGCACCUUAAUCCUCUUGUCCAGGAUAGAGUCUGGAAGUCCAGCUAGUGGCAACCUAGCUUUGUAAUGUUCUUAUUCCUCAACCCUUCUCUCAUCUCUCUGUCUGUCUUUCUCUCUGUUCUACAGGCCCCAUUGAGCAGCUGCCUGACUACAACAGAAUGCGCAGUGCCAUGUACUGGCUCCGCUUCUAAGGUUCCCCAUAGUGUUGCUCUCUGAGUGUCCGACGUCUUCUCUUCCUUCCACGCUCCUCCACUCCCAUACUCCUCCCAUCACUGCAAGAGGAAAGAACCAAGGACUGCCUCAGCUCAUUAGCACAGACCGGUAUCGACUCCAGGCCUCCUCCCCAUCUCUCUCCUCUCACUACAUUAGUUCUAGUUGGUUAUGAGAGAACCGCGGUGUUGAGGGUGUGCAUAAGUUGAGUGUUCCAUUUCCUUGUAAUUUUCAUUGAUGAUCUUGAGAAAGAUUGUAAUACAGAAGAUUCUUGUUAAUAUCACUGAGCCUUUUCAUGCACCUGGUACUGUUCUGGGGAGGGGAUAGAGGGGGACACCUGAACACAUCCAGUGAUGCAUAUACUGUAAAAUCAUGGCACUGUACAAUCAGUUGUGGAGAAGUAUUUAUGAAUUGAUGUAAUGUUUUGUUUAUGUCCUAUUGUACAUAACAGAAGCUCAUUCUGACAUAUUAAAAUAAAACAUUGUAACAGUGUCCCAUACAGAAUUAGAUUAGUAAGAAUUAACAUUUUAUGAUCUAUCCUUGUUUUGGGAUCAAUAGCCAUCUAU